AGAGAGUAUAUGAAGUAUAGUCCUAUUCUUAUUAAUUACAGUACAGAGGACCUCAGGCUUUAUACUUUUUAAGUUAUACUGUUGUUUAAAGUACUAAGUUUACCAGUAAACUUAGUGAUACUUAUAACUUAGUGGCAACUUAGUGAUAGUGAGUGAGAAACUGAGUCUUAGAAUUUAGUAUUUAGAAUUGUUUUAGUCCUUAGUACUUAGAAAGUAGUCGUAGUAGAUGGCCGAUGGUAGACUAGUCUAGUUAAAUAGCUCAAAGUACUUGAUCUUCUUCUAUUCUUUAUUAAAUUCUAGUACUAGUACUAUUAAACUAAAAUUAAUAAUAAUCUUGUAAGCUAUGUAAUUUAAUUUAGUAAUUGAUAAUUUUAUAAUUGUGGGAAGCUAUGACUAUACAGACUAUUGACUAUACUAAGACUAAGACACUAAUUAUAUAUACUCUAUACUUAUACUGUCUAUACUCUAUAAGAAGAGGCCUGCACAACAUGCGGCCCGCGAAGUAACAAAAUAUUCUUUAUUCUUAUUAAGUAUUUUCUUAAUAGCUUUCCUCCUUGUCCUAUACUAUUUGCUUUUGGCCCGCCAAGUCAUGUCCUAUUUUCUUUUGGCCCGCACAAAUUUUUCAUAGAGUUUCAUAGAGGCCCGCCUUACAUUUUGAGUUGUGCAGGCCUGCUCUAUAUAAAUAAUAAUAGUAAUAGUCUGUAAUAGUUUGUUAUUAACUUAGCCUAACAAACAUUAACAACAUUGUGACAACAUUAGCAUAUAAAAAAAAUAUUUUCAUAUAAUUAUAAAAUAGGCAGUGUCUACACGUCUGGCAACCAGACAAAUAGUGCGGUAGAUAUUCUUCCGGCGGGCAUGUCACGCGACCGCCUGACGAUUAGUAUGUGUGAUUAUUCCGGCAGGCAUUUCAUGUGACAAGAGGUCGCCGGCAAAAUUUUAAAAAAAAAUGAGUUUUCUUGGUUUAAAUAUCUUAUAAAGCUUUACCUAGUAGCCUAAAUUUAAAAUAUGAACCACAGAAAAUAAGACCAAUACUUGACAGUUGACUGUCAGUAGAUCUACUGGCAAAAAAGUUUUAUUUUAGGCUAUUAAUAUUGCUACCCCAACAGCACACUAUAUUGGCCCUAUAUGUUGGGUCUAUUUUUUUGUGAACUUUCGACCUCCCCGCUUUAAUUAUUUAUCACCCUGACUAUCAUUUUUAUUCUUUCUCUCUCCCUCUCCAUAUUUCUUCCUUCUAGUAUGCAAUGCUUCCCCCCCCCCCCUUAUUUCUUGAAAUGAAGUGUAUACUCGUCGCCCCCAUGCAUCUCCCCGCCAGUUUUAUGAUAAACUAUUAGCAGGGCUGACGGACAGAUAUCUCAUCCAACUUCGUUACGGCGGUCAUGUGACCUGGUCGCCGGUUGAAUAUCUCGAUGCUGGAUUGCAACUCAUUUUGAAAACACUGGUCUCUACCAUUUCUAUUUUAAGAAUGAAUUCAUUAGUUUCUGUUUUGAUCCAUGCUGAAAAUCUCUAGAAAAUACAUUUUUUUGUUUGGUCCUCAUUCAAGACAUGUAUUACAGCUCCCAAAUGUUUGGUCCUCAUUUAAGAUAUGUAUUACAACUCCCAAAUGUUUGGUCCUCAUUCAAGAUAUGUAUUACAGCUCCCAAAUGGAUAACAAAUACAGAGAGCAUUACGAUGAUGUGGAUAUCGGCACAGUGAAAGGACAAAACAGCCACAUAGCAUGUGCUUCUGGGGAGGAUGGACCAUCCGCUAUGGUCAUAGGAACCAGCACUGGGCCAUACCGUGGAAGUAAAUGUAAGUUAUGUGUUUGGUGGAAACUGUUUUAUUUGGUAAUUCAAAACAGGUAUUAUUUGCUGUUUUGGUUUUAAGAUCAUUUGCCCUAACUUACUUGAAAGCUGCUGUUUUAAAUGUUUAUUAUAAAAGAUACAUUGCUUUUAUCAAAGUAUUAAAAAUUAACCUCCAGCAAAAAAACAAGUAGUAUAACUUGCAUUUGAAAGAAACUUGUACACAUUUAUUUUGUUUUCAAUCAUUUUUUAACUUUUCCAUGGAUUAAAGGGCACAUCAGAAAUCCAAACAGCUUCGCAGAAGAAAGUUCUGAUUCUGAUUAUGAUGGCUUUGUGGUAAACAGGUCAGACAAUAAGACAACAAGGCUAGACCAGAAAAGUACCACAGCUGUAGUGCCUAAGGAGACAUUGCCCUUUUCUGAUGCUAAAAUUAACUUUACAAAUAAGACAUUUGAUGACAAAGAUGAAGGUGAGCUCUAUAACAUCCUAUGUAUUUUUUUAGUAUGAAUGAGGUCUUAUCAUCACCAUCUUUUAAGCUUACUCUUUAAAUAAUUUAUUGUUAAGCGUUAACUUGUAUGACCUACACUUUUAUUAGGACCUGUGAAGUGAAGAAAUACAAUAUCAUUAAUAAGUUGGUUUUUAUUUUUCUCUUCUUUAAAUCGAUUUCAGGCACGGUCAUUGAUAAAAAAAGCCUGCGAAAAAAAAAAGUUUUUCUUCCUGAGGAAGAAAUAUGCAAUAUUAAAGUGCCACCUAAGCAAGGCUUUAAACGCCACUUUGAGGAUCAGUCCUUUGCUAUGCAUGACUUAGAGUCUCUCGGAGUCAUGUAAAUAUCUUUUACUCUAUUAUUAACACACCCCCUAUUUAAAAAAAUAUUUUGUCAGUAUAUCUAUUUUUUUUUGUUCAAACAAAUCAAAUAAUAUAAUAUUUUGUAAAAAAAAAAAUUUUUUUAGUUACAUGUAAUCAAAUUAAUGAAAAGUUUUAAUUUUAAAAAAAGUAUAGACAAAUUUUGAUUCUUUUCGUUUUAUCAUUAAGCAUUCUAUACAGGCCUGCAUGGCUCAAAAUGAAAGGCGGGCCGUAAAUUUUAUGAAAAACUUGUGCGGGCCGAAAGAUAAUAGGACAGUGGCGAAACCUAUUAUGUUGUGCAGGCCUGUUAUAAGGUAUCAUUCUUCCUUUAGGGACAUUAACAAGGUUGACAACAAGGCACAGGUCCAUGAGCUGCUUGUCAACAUAAACUUGAAGACACAAACUGAGCCCAGGUGCCUCAAUCUAAACAAUGAGGUAAACAUUAGUUUCAUUACAUUUCUGAUAAUUAUAAAAUCACAGUUUAUUUACAUUUGAGAAAUUUGUCAAUGGAAGAAAGAAAAUUUGUUAAAGAUAAAUGAAUUAUUUAUUCAAUGAUUUAUAUUUUACUGCUUUAUGAACAAUGAGUUAUCUGAUUAAAAUGAUUUAUUCAAUGAUUUAUAUUUUACUGCUUUAUGAACAAUGAGUUAUCUGAUUAAAAUGAUUUAUUCAAUGAUUUAUAUUUUACUGCUUUAUGAACAAUGAGUUAUCUGAUUAAAAUGAUUUAUUCAAUGAUUUAUAUUUGACUGCUUUAUGAACAAUGAGUUAUCUGAUUAAAAUGAUUUAUUUGACAGUUGUUUUCUGGAAUGGAGAAUCUGAAAAUCUCAGAAGAUGCCCGAACAAUGUCUGGUUCUUUUGGAGAAGUCCUGAAAGUCUAUGACUUGAAGACUAAACAUCAUCUCAUGAAGAAGAAAGUAAGCUGUCAUCAAUCUUAUGGGGAAGCUAAAUGUGAAAAUAUGAAAAUUUGUUUUCCUGCAGAUAAUAUUUCUACAAAUAAAAUUAAAAUAUGACCCGGUCGUUCUAAUGACACAAAUGUCUGAUUGGAAAAUAAUGAUAUUCACAAAAUAAAUAGGUUGUCUUGAUGUUUUGAAUAACAAAUAACCUAAAUUAUAUGUGAAAUUUUUAAAAAAGAACUUUAUUAUGGAGCAAGUGGUGAUUAUAAUGAGCAGAUAAGAUAUCUGGUACGGUACACAAUAAAAAUAGUUAGAUAGUAUAUAUAUCUUAGUUUUUAAAAAGUGAAGUAAAUUUUAAAAUAAUUUUAAAAUAUAAAUUUUCAUAAUUUGUAAAAAAAAAUUCAUAAAUUUUAUUAAGUUAUAAAACAGUGCUAUCAAGAAUGAAGGGAGCGUUAAUCCUUGGCUCCUGGUCCUUAAAUCACUACGCUACUGUGGAACAGUUCCAUAAAUAGACCACAAGACAAAGUUCCAUAGCUAUAAAAUGAUAUGAAUUUAAUUGAUAUGCGUCUGCUCAUAGCACUUUAUUUUGAUAAAAAGAAUUUAAACUAAAAGAAGUGGCUGUUUCAGCUAAAAGAAGUGGCUGUUUCAGCUAAACCCACAACAAUUUCUUUGAGUAAUUAAAACCUGUUUACACUAGGAUACGGAAACCUGUGAAUGAUGUUACAUUAUGUACAAUUAUUCCAUGUAACGAUCAUACAUGUGUGGGUUAUGAUGUUACUUGUAGAGUUGUAGUUAUCCGCUUACACUAUUCAUCCACAUUUACAUACGUCCAUGAUUAUCUAAACAAUUACCAGAGAACUCCUUGACUUUGCACCACGUUUAUUAACUGAUCAACGUACACAUAAUAAAAUAAUAUCUCUGUAGAUCAGAGCAAAAUAUAAUUCUUCAUAAUAACUUCUUCCAUUUUACAAUCAACAUUAAUAAUUAAGAUGCUGUUUAAUAACUAAAUGACGGUAGCAAGUACUAAUUAAAUAUCUCCAACCGACACUGUCGGUUUUCUUCCAUCCCAUAAUUCCUUAACUUCCUGUUUUUUCUACUUAACAAAACAAUACAUUAUUUUCCGAAACAAAAUUGAUAUUUAAAUAUUUGAUCUGUGACAUUCCACAUGACACAUUCCAAACCCCUGUCAUAGCCUCCAUUUAGAAUUUUGGAUGCUCCUCUUUAUUAAAUGGCUGUUGUGCUGCAUGAAUUUUUUUUCAAUUAUCCUAUCCCUGUGUUACCAGGUGAAGGAUAAAGUUGAACCAAAUGAAGUGGAAGUUCCAAUACAGUUCCCCCAAGAGAUGAACCUGGCCCGGGUCGUCGGCUUCUCCUUCGAUGGUGAAAGUUCCUACAUUAUCCAAGAAGACGCAGGUAUAAAUAAAUAUUAAUCUUCUUUGGCAUUCAUUGUUCAUUUGAUAUUUUUAAACAAGGGUAAUCAUUAAAGUAAGUUAAAGGAAAAAAGGAAGUAUUUAGUUCCUAGAGGUCUGAUUUGUUGAGAUUUAGAUUAGAAAUAUUUAGAAUUCUUUUCUCAAAUAUUUAUAUUUUCUCCCUCUUUUUCCAUAAAUCAUAAAGUACUCUGGCAAAUUAUAUCUGCUUAUGGUGCAUUCCAUGUAAAAGUGGACACAACAGCCAACAAUUAAAUUGCAUAAAAUUUGGUGAUAUAUAAAUUUAUUUCAUGCACCUUUGUUAGGAGUCAUUUUCACUAUCUUUGUUUUGUGUGAUACAUGACCUGGUAGCCAUCUUGAAUUAAGAACAUGUUGUCUGCACAUUUUAACUAAAAAAACUUGUUGAAUUUUAGGCCUUUACAGCUUUACAUCUAAUAAAUAUAGACAGACAAUUUUCAUUGUCAUGGUCAAUGUCCCAUAAUGGACAUGCAUUAAAACACUAUUUUUUAGUUUAUUUAGCUGCUACAGUGAAGUAUUAGUAAGUCUGUAAAAGGAUUGACACACAUAUUCUAUUUUUGAUUGUUUGCAUUCAGACAUGUUACGUCAGUUACAAGGUCAUGUUACGUCAUUUACAUUAUUUUGUCUAUAUUUUUGUUGAAAUGGGAUAUCUAAGUAGUUUAUAAAGGUUUUCCUUAGAAAAGUAAAUACUCUAGAUAUUUGUUUUAAAAAAUAAUUUCAAUUAAGGCAGAUUUCAAAGGAUCUAUCAACAAAAAAGAUACUAACUCAAAUAUUAUGUCUCUUUCGUGUUACAUCGGUUACAAUUAUAAAAUUUACUAUUUCUACAGUCUACCCAAUUAAAAACUAAUAGCAUGUAAAAUUAAAUUAAGCACACUUAAUGGCUUAUUUCAUUAAUACUGGAUGGAAUUAGAAAAUAUUUUUCUGACAGUUACGUCAAGUACCAUGGAAUUCACCAUAUUUAUUCUAAGACCUUAAAUCUAGUCAGGAAUAAGGAGUUUUCAAUUGUAUUCAACACUAUUAUUUUAAGAAGUUCCCUUGCAAUUUUUUAAAAUGAAUUCUGCAUACAUCAUAUUUUUAGUGCUAAAUUCUUUAGAGAUUUUUAAAAUCAGCUUUUUAUUGCAAUAUUUGUAUAUUUAUUUCUCUGGUCAGGCACAUCUCUUCGACAGCUGAUUACAGAUGCUCAUUUUUGCCUGAGUCUCAAGCAACCAGAGACCACAGAAAAGAUCAUGUUGGAUGUGUUCACUGGACUCAGUGUGUUAGAGCGCCAUGGCAUCACUCACUGUGACAUUAAACGUGAGUGGCCCUGUCUUCGGCUCUAAACAGUUCAGUUUAUGCCGCACUACAAAAACUAAUAACUGAAGAUUCUACAAAAUCUAGGAUCUGUUGUAUUUGAGGGUGGGAAGCUCUGAGAUGUGUGAUUCCAAAAUGUAAUAGUCACUUUCAUGCUGGAUCACAGCUGGAGGGAACCCCAAACUUGGUUCAAGUGGGAAGUCUUCUCAUUCCUCCAUCCAGUUUUAUGUGGGUUUUUUUUACAUUAAAAAUUUAAAGCAUUUUUACUCUUUACAAAGGGAGUUUAUUCAUGUUUAAGAUGAAGAAAAAAAACACUAAUAAAUGUCAAGGUCAUGUUUGAUAAAAUACUCACAUCUCUUGUUUUGUUGUCUUGUGUUGUUUAAUAUUGUCAUGUUUUAAACGUAAUCUUUUGUUUCUAUCACAGCUGAAAACAUUUGCAUGAAAAUAAACAGUGAUGGCUCAAGUACUACUAAAAUCAUUGACUUUGGCUCCAGCAAAUCUCAAAAGGAUCGCAUGACAUAUUCAGGCCUUACACCUGAAUACCUGCCACCUGCAGUUAACAAAUUCCUAUUUGAUGUUAAGUUAUACCAGGAAAAAAAGGUAGGUAUUAUUUUAUCUGAGAGGUCAAUGAUCUGUGGUAAAUUACCCCACAUGGGAUGAAAAGUGAAAUAUUUUGGGGUAGUGUGGUCUCAAUAGACAUAAAUAAAUAAAAGCCCUUUACUUGUUGCAAUAAAAAAUUUGGUCCUGGCAACACUGCACCUGGCCAGGGUAAUAGAGAAAUGCACUCAACAUGUUGUGAUUUAAUAGUGUGGUUUGGCAGUUUGCAUAACUGCACCUUUUGACUUGUAGAUGUCAUUUUAGCCUGGUGGCCUAUUGUUUUUACUUUUGCAAAAUAAUUUCUUGGAUAUUAGUUUAAAAAAAUUAUUGCAUUUGUUUGAUUCUUUGACAGUAAUUGUUUUCAAUGUAUAAACAUGCUACUUAAACUCAUUUUGAAUGUAAAUAAUAUCUGAUUUUAUUCUUUUCAAAUCGAGGGGCUAAUGUUGGCAUAAACAGUUUUAUAUUUGGGGUAAUAGCUAAAAAAGUUCCCCGACCCCUUUUUUAGCCUGUCACUUAAAAUUAUAGCUGUCGUAUUUAUUCAUUCAUUCACUGACUGGCUCAUGGCCUGGGAAAAACACAUCUGUCUGUAGGUCUAUUUUUCUAUGCAGAUCCCUCUUUAAUGUUCUGCUUGUAGUCUCUUUAAAUUUCCCUUAUAAAUUAUUAACAACUAAAAUAAUAGUCCAUGUCUAAUUGGUUUGUUUUCUGCCACAGCUGCCCACAUGUCCUCCAACACCUCGCCUUUGUGAAAAGGAUGACGUCUGGGCUGCUGGUAUGGUGACUCUAUUCCUUGAGAAGAAAGUGCAUCCAACUAUACAAUUUUUCACUGGAUGUUCAGAGUACCCAAAACUGAACCAAGACAAGAUGAUGACCAUGAGAUACAGCACAAUGAAACAGGUAGAGCCUGUUUAUAUCAUUUCACUGGACAACCUGACCACCAUAGACAACGAACAGGGCUCUUUAAUGAUCUCCCAUUUGUUGAUUUCUAUGUUGGCUCAUGCUCCUUUGUGUGGUUCACAAUGCACUGCCAUUAUGGAGCAUACGAAGCACACAUGCCUGAUAGACACUUACAUUUUUUACUUUAAAAAUAAUAGUUGUUAAAAUGCAUUGCAAAUGAAAGAUUUUUUAAAGUGUGUCUUAUGCCCUGGUCGCUGUCACUUAAGUAAACUAUAAAAUUGUCUAAAAUAAUAUUUCUGUACGUUUUCUUGUCAACAACUACUCCAUCGUCUCGAGAAGAUGAAAGUAUGCCAUAUACAUAUGUGUAUAUAUAUAUAUAUAUAUAUAUAUAUAAGGAAACAUAUUGUUGGUAACAGUAAUAGUAAACUGAAAUAGGAAACUUGAUGAAGUUAAUUAUACUUUUUGUAAAGUUUCUGACAGUCAGUGGUCAUUUUUUGUUUAUAUCCAAAUAGAUUGCUGACAUGCAAGAGCCACUGGACAGUUAUUUUACAACAGGGAAACCAAUCUUGGAUAAGAUGUUGGAAGGUGUGCUUUCAGUGGACUCGGGAAUGAGAUGGUCAGCUCUGAAAACAGCCCGGUUUCUAAAAGGUCAGUUUAACCCUCUCGGUAACAUAGCAUCCAUAAGGUCAUUACUUUCAAUAUCAAGCAAAGAGAUCUAACUUCCUUUCUUUGAUUGAGUUCAUAACUUUAAAAAAAUGUAUUAAAAAUCAGUCUUUCAUCCAGUCAUAAAAAAGAAACUGAUAAUUGUAGAGAAAUGGUUGAAUUAAAAAAAUAAAAAAAAAAAUUAUUUUGAAGAAAAUUCAUUUUCUAAAUAAUACAGUUGCCAUCUGUUGCACCAUUGUUUAUGCAGGAACACCUAACAGCUCAUUACUUGGCCAAUAGUGUUUGUAUUCUGGUACCGCUAGCUGAUGAAUUCCAUACAUUCCAUUUAUGUUUUUAAAAAAAAUAAUUUCAUGUCAUUGACUGUUACUGUUACAUCAACCCAUUUUUGGGUGGCCAGGAUACAUGUUAGUCUGCAUUGCCAACUUUUCUUAAUAAGUCUCAGGGCUGAAUGAACAAAAGUUAUCGUAUGGUUCAGAAGUAUAAUCUAGGACCAGAUACACCAAAAAAUUCGUCAAUGUUAUGUUACAAAUAAUUAAUAAGAAAAGUUAAAUGCACUAGGUAGCGUUGAAAAUUAUCCGUUGUUUAAGCAGGAUUUGGCCCAUAGCACAACUGUGGCAUAAGGGCAUAAAGCCAUUGAAAGGGUCAAGCAUGAUGCCAUUGAAAGGGUCAAGCAUGAUGCCAUUGAAAGGGUCAAGCAUGACGCCAUUGAAAGGGUCAAGCAUGACGCCAUUGAAAGGGUCAAGCAUGACGCCAUUGAAAGGGUCAAGCAUGACGCCAUUGAAAGGGUCAAGCAUGACGCCAUUGAAAGGGUCAAGCAUGACCAAGAGUCCAGACCAUCAGAUACCUUUAGUGGUCCAAAGAAAUGGAAACAUUUCUCUGAGGACAUUUGGAAACAUUUCUCUGAGGACAUUUGGAAACAUUUCUCUGAGGACAUUUGGAAACAUUUCUCUGAGGACAAUUGGAAACAUUUCUCUGAGGACAUUUGGAAACAUUUCUCUGAGGACAUUCUAAGCUUUUAUUGACACAGAAUAAAUUAUGAAAAAAUACGGAAAUUCUGAUGUAAAUUUACAAUUAUAAAUUGGUCAAUUUUAACAUCAUUUUGAAAAUUAAAACCAGCAAUUCAGUAUCAUCAAACCAGCCUCUUGAGUACAUGCGCACGUAACAAAUAUUAUAGGAUUGUUUAACAGAUGGGGGAGCAGUCACGUCAAUGAGUUUUUUAUCUUACUGACCUCACUGAAGGAUCACUUCUAGUUCGAGUUGAUCAUAAAUAGCUAAGGUGUAGUGUGCAACUUUUGUAAAAUUUUAAGUUUAUAAAUUGCUUUAUAAAUCUAUUGUAAUCUAUAUAUUCUUGUUUUGUUUUUGAUUCUUCACUACAAAAAUAAAUGCAUUUUUUGUUUUGUUCAUGAGGUAAUUGUACUAAUGGAAAUAAAUAAGAAAAAUAAUUCCUUUUUUGUCUUCUGCAGAAAAACUAAACCCUGAGCCUCAAUUGAAACGUCAGAGAAGUAAUGUGCUGUGGGAACCAAAACUUUUUCAGGUUUGCUUAAAAAAUAUUCUUACUGAAAAUGAAUCAUUAUAGAUGAUGAAAUUUAGAUUAGAGAAGGAAUGGUUUAUUUAAUAUUACCUACCAAAAACCUCUAUAUGACUAAUGGAAUGAUCUACUUUUAGCAAAUCAUUGUGACUGCAUUAAACUAAAUCUUCUAAAGUGAAUAGUAUGAAUAAUUAAAUUAUUUCUCUCCCCAAUAAACCAUUGACAUAAUAUUAUGUUUUCUUAACUAUUUAUUCAUAAAUGUAAAAAUAACAUAAAUAAAUAUUUGUUUUUUUAAAGUUAAAAUCAAUGUAAGAAUAUUAUUGUUAACUGUUUCAUCUAGUCAUUCACAAUUUAGUUGAAUUUUGAUGUGAAAUGUACUUUCCAUGACCUAUUUAAAUGUUUUUAGAAGAAUUAAUGUCAAAUAAUUACUUAUUGAAGGAUUUUUUAUCUGAGAACAAUUCAUAUGUCUUAUGUUUUUAGUAACGUACAGAAUUGUUAAACUGGUACUAUUUUUUUCAUGUUUGUUAGCGGGACAACUCAUGUGAAGAUGUGGACAUUAAGAAAUGUAAAGGUUUCAGCCAGCCCCACAUCCCAUUGCCACGCAGCACAUCUGAUGAUGGCAACCCUGUGCAGAGAUUUGGAGCCACCUUUAAGCUUAAAAAUGGUGAGCACACACUUUCACCAUUAUCUACAUUUAGCCAGAUUUUUGGCAUAAAUGGUAAAGAAAAAAGUGCACACACAAAAAAAAACACCAAAUUAAGUACCAAUAAACGGCCGAGUCAAAAUUAAAGAUUAAGUAUUAGAGAAGUUCAUUCCAUGGUUCAAAUAUAAAAUACAGAUUUUUAAUUGGUGGAUAGUGAUUCAAGGGUUCUAAGCCUGUAAACUUUUAGUGGGUAGUGAUUCAAGGGUUCUAAGCCUGUAAACUUUUAGUGGUUAGUGAAGCAAGAGUUUUAAGCCUGACAACUUUUAGUGGGUAGUGAUUCAAGGGUUCUAAGCCUGUAAACUUUUAGUGGUUAGUGAAGCAAGAGUUUUAAGCCUGACAACUUUUAGUGGGUGGUGAUUCAAGGGUUCUAAGCCUGUAAACUUUUAGUGGUUAGUGAAGCAAGAGUUUUAAGCCUGACAACUUUUAGUGGGUAGUGAUUCAAGGGUUCUAAGCCUGUAAACUUUUAGUGGUUAGUGAAGCAAGAGUUUUAAGCCUGACAACUUUUAGUGGGUGGUGAUUCAAGGGUUCUAAGCCUGUAAACUUUUAGUGGUUAGUGAAGCAAGAGUUUUAAGCCUGACAACUUUUAGUGGGUGGUGAUUCAAGGGUUCUAAGCCUGUAAACUUUUAGUGGUUAGUGGUUAGUGAAGCAAGAGUUUUAAGCCUGACAACUUUUAGUGGGUAGUGAUUCAAGGGUUCUAAGCCUGUAAACCUUUAGUGGGUAGUGAGGCAAGGGUUCUAAGCCUGACAACUUUUAGUGGGUAGUGAAGCAAGGGUUCUAAGUCUGGCAACUUUUAGUGGGUAGUGAUUCAAGAGUUCUAAGCCUGUAAACCUUUAGUGGGUAGUGAAGCAAGGGUUCUAAGCCUGACAACUUUUAGUGGGUAGUGAAGCAAGGGUUCUAAGUCUGUCAACUUUUAGUGGGUAGUGAAGCAAGGGUUCUAAGCUUGACAACGUUUAGUGGGUAGGAAAGCAAGGGUUCUAAGCCUGACAACGUUUAGUGGGUAGUGAAGCAAGGGUUCUAAGUCUGACAACUUUUAGUGGGUAGGAAAGCAAGGGUUCUAAGUCUGACAACUUUUAGUGGGUAGUGAAGCAAGGGUUCUAAGCCUGACAACUUUUAGUGGGUAGUGAAGCAAGGGUUCUAAGUCUGUCAACUUUUAGUGGGUAGUGAAGCAAGGGUUCUAAGCUUGACAACGUUUAGUGGGUAGGAAAGCAAGGGUUCUAAGCCUGACAACGUUUAGUGGGUAGUGAAGCAAGGGUUCUAAGUCUGACAACUUUUAGUGGGUAGGAAAGCAAGGGUUCUAAGUCUGACAACUUUUAGUGGGUAGUGAAGCAAGGGUUCAUAAGGGGUACAUAAGGCGUCAGCAGCUCUUUCAGAUAGGACGGCGCCAGGUCAUGUAAGCAGCGGUAGCACAAAGUUGCGAUUUUGUACUCUAUGAGAGCACGCACCGGCAGCCACUGCAACUCUCUCAGAAGUGUUUUUGCAUGGUCGAAUUUGCGUUUGCGGAGAACUAUGCAAGCCACAUUAUUCUGUGCUAUUUGAAUUUUAUCAAGGAGCGUAGCUGGAACACCCACCAUGAGAGCAUUGCAUUAAUCCAUGCGUGAUAGCACAAAUGCAGACAUCAGCCUCUUUGUUGUAUCAAUUGUUAGGAACGGCCUGAUGUGACUAAUCCUGCGCAGCUCCAGAAAAAUCGCCCUGCAUAGCAUGUUAAUAUGACUUUCAAAAGUUAGUCUUCUAUCUAGGUAGACACCCAGGUACCGCACUGUUUGAGCUAACUCAAUACGCACACCUGAGAGAGUAAUGGAUGUCGUGUUAUUUGCAGAUUUCUGCUUCUGAGCGGUCGCAAUGGGGAGCAGCUCAGUCUUAUCAUCAUUUAAUUUGAGCUUGUUAAUGGUCAUCCAGUGCUUUACCGACUCCAUUGUCUUCUGUGUCAUACUGAGCAGCUGAGGGAACUGAGAAGUGAUCACGGAUUGAUGAAGUUGCGUAUCGUCCGCGAACAUGUGAUACAACAUGUCAAACUGCCUGAUCUCUGCACCCAGGGGCUGAAUGUACAUCGUGAAAAGCAUCGGGCCUAGGACCGAGCCCUGGGGUACUCCGAAUUCGAGAUUAGAUUUCUUCGAGGUCAAGCCGUUUGAAAUAACUGACUGGACCCGAUUAUUCAGAUGAAGGGAGUCAAGAAAUGAUUCUGCCAGGAAAGUUUGGCUGUAGCAUGGCAAUAGAUUCUGGAGCGGUAUGGCUGGUUUCCCCAUCCUGUUGAUACCACUUUCAAUAAUGUGAAGGUUCCUUGCAUAACAGAACCUUCUCUAAACAUGAAUAAAUGGUUCGAUCACCAUGCCCCUGUCAAUUUCUUUGGUGAUGGUAAGAGUAUUGCCUCCCUCAUCCUCAAUGAAAGGGGGGCCUAAUAUAAGAGUAUUGCCUCCCUCAUCCUCAAUGAAAGGGGGGCCUAAUAUAAGAGUAUUGCCUCCCUCAUCCUCAAUGAAAGGGGGGCCUAAUAUAAGAGUAUUGCCUCCCUCAUCCUCAAUGAAAGGGGGGCCUAAUAUAAGAGUAUUGCCUCCCUCAUCCUCAAUGAAAGGGGGGCCUGAUAUAAGAGUAUUGCCUCCCUCAUCCUCAAUGAAAGGGGGGCCUGAUAUAAGAGUAUUGCCUCCCUCAUCCUCAAUGAAAGGGGGGCCUGAUAUGCUGUGUGCCGAAACAGCACGCCAUACUGCUACAUGUGCAUUGUGUAGUAGUUUCUGGAUGAUAACAUCUGGCCAAUAAAAACCAAGGAAGCAAGUUCCCUGGAGAUUGAAAUUGCCGUCCAAUUGAAUUUGACUCGUCCUAAAUAAUUUCUAAAUAAAUAUGGAUAAUCUUAUAAAAAAUACUCCACAAUACAUCAUCCUGGCUGGCAUAACUGGUUCUCAAAGCAUAGUCCCACGUGUAUCAGGUACUAAAAUGCACUUAUGUCCUUAGACAAAUGGUGAAUGGACUAAUCGCUGAUGUAUUUCAUAGGGAUGAAUGUAGAAUAUGCUGUAGAACAUGCUGUAGACUAUGCUGUAGAACAUGCCGUAGAACAUGCUGUAGAACAUGUGCGUGAUUCUCAUUGGUUAAAACAGUUACUGGUCGACCACUGUUCCCUUUCCAUUGAGACAGUAACUUUGUUAACAACUGACGGCAUAACAGUGUAACUUGGUGCCAUCUUAAUAAAUCUCUCUCGGAAUCAUUCUGCCAUCUUUUCAAACUAGAGCCCCUAUCAUGGCCAGUCCCUUUGAGGGAAAAUAGGAAAAAAAACUAUGAAAAUUGUUUCCUCCGGAGAAAGAAGUAUUUCCAACAACAUUGGAACAACAUCUCUAAGUCAUAGUAUUUCAAUUUUUUUUAAUGCCAAACAUUCUCUUUUAUAACAUUCUAAAAGGUGGCAAUUUUAGUGGGGGCUCUUUUUUCCUGUGAAUUUAGAGGAAAUCUAUUUAAUAUAUCAGAUUAAAAAUUAAAUUAUUAGAAAAGGUGAAUAAAACUUAAAUUAAAUGCAGUUAUGUUCAUGGAAGUAGAAGCAAAAAGACAUUUCUAUACAAGAGUUGUUUCUGUGUCUUGUAACGCUUUCCUUAUUUCUAUCUUAUUUUAUGGCAGGUCAGACACCUGGGUUUUCUCCAAUGUGCAACAAUGAACCAGCUUUAAGUCUUCAAGUCAAAGCACCAGCACCUGCAGGCCCUCCGCCAACACAUGAUGCAGAGAUGUCAGAAUAUGACCAGCUGGUCAGGUCAUUUGUUGUUGAAGAACACCAAAAGAGAGUUGAGCCCAAUUUCAGGGAGAUGAGCCUAGCAUCACCGGGCUUCCAGUUCAAGGCCAGGUUCGCUCCCGGCCCUCAGUUCAAAACUGAAGAUUCAUUCGGCCCCGGUUUGAAGUUGAUGAGGUCCCCAGGUUUUGACCCCAUCCCACCCAACCAGACCUCAUGUGCUGCUGGUGUGCAAGGAUUUAGUGGGAAAGUUUUCAAGUGGCCUGAAAGCUCUAAAUCAGAGGCCUUAUUUGCUGUAGCCCCAUCCUCCCAGUCUACAGGAAACGGAAAUAUUCCAGACAUGGGUGUUCUGUUCGAUGAGAUGGGUGUAGAUGAUAAGCUGAAGAUAAGAGGAAGAAGGAGAAGUCGAAAGGAGUAAUUUUUGUUUCUUGGUUGAAAGCAUUAGUGUCUCCUAACAAAUAUUUUAAAAAUAUUUUUGUAUUCUGUUAUUGCACUGUAUGAAUUUUGUUCUUCAAUUUUUGGACACCCCUCUUGUCAUAGUCAAUAGACAUUUUGUAAAGAAAUCAUUUUUUAAAUUUAGCUACCGGUACUGAUUUUCUCACAACUAUUUGUUUAAAAUUCAUCAAAAAAAAAAAUGACCUGAUAAUUAGAUGACACUGUCAAUAGGUCCUUACAUUUCUGAAUCCCUCCAGCAACACUCAAGGAAUCUAAAUUUGUUUAAGUAUGAAUGCAAGUGUGAGAACAUUAUGCAAGCAGAAUCCAAGAUCUAUUUUUUCGGAUGCAUUCAAUUGUAUGGGUUGAGUUACUAACAAAAACUAUCAAGGUGUUACCCUAACAAAUCAUUCAAGAGUUGUUGGUGUUGGAAAGAGAUAGCAACAAUUUCUCAGUCAGAUUGGUUUGGCAGAAGAAGAGACUUCACUAGUGAAGAUGAAAUUAUAGUGAAGUUUGUAGUCAGAUUGGUUUGGCAGGAGAAGAGAAUGGACCAGUGAAGAUGAAACUAAAGUGAAGUUUGUCGUCAGAUGUGCAUGAUUAUGUUAUAUUUACUGAUUUUUUAUCCCACAAUAUACAUAUAUAAAUCAUAAACCUAAACACUGACAUUCAUGUGACUGCUCUGAAUUCACCCUCAUGGCUGAAAGUUAUUAUUAAAGCAUAUUUAAGAUUCAUUACAAAAAGUAUUGUAACCGGUGACACAUUUGAGGAAAAUAUUAACAUGAUUGGUUCUUGCAAUGGCAAAUGAUUGGUUCUAGCAAUGGCAAAUGGUUGGUUCUUGCAAUGGCAAAUGAUUGGUUCUUGCAAUGGCAAAUGAUUGGUUCUUGCAAUGGCAAAUGAUUGGUUCUUGCAAUGGCAAAUGAUUGGUUCUUGCAAUGGCAAAUGGUUGGUUCUUGCAAUGGCAAAUGAUUGGUUCUUGCAAUGGCAAAUGAUUGGUUCUUGCAAUGGCAAAUGAUUGAUUCUUGCAAUGGCAAAUGAUUGAUUCUUGCAAUGGCAAAUGAUUGAUUCUUGCAAUGCCAAGAUAUUCUACUUCUGAUUCCUUGUAACGCAUUUCUUAAAGCUUAAUAAAACUACUUUUGUCUCGUUAGAUUUGUUUAAGCCAUGGCAUAACCUCGGCCUAAAGGUUUUCCUUUUCCACUACAGUUGGUAAGGACCAGACAUUUAUGUAGUGUUGAUCUUUUUACUAAUUUUAUGUUGUAAUCUCCAUAUCAGUUUACAUGCUAUAAUUGGAUUAUCUGAAAAUGAUGGCUUAAGUACAUUUAUAAGAAUGAGCUAGGGUCUCCAUAUAAAGAAUAAAAAAAACAAAUCAAUUUAAAUACGUUCAGACUCCUAAAAGCCAUUUAAAGGUUUAAGUGAUUUUUUAAAUUAUUUUACGGAAAUUGAAUAAAUUUAAAUGGGCUAAACAUAAAAUAUAUCUGCUUUUAUUUUGGUAUAUUUAUAAGUAUUAUUAUUAUUAAGUAAAAAUACAUUAAAAAACAUUAAAAUAUUUAAAAAUAACAAUUUAAAAACUAUCUUAAAAAAUUUUUGGUCAGGGUUGCAAAAAGGGGUAGAUUUGGCGGAUAUUGUAUACCAAAGCAGAUAAAUAUUUUUCAAAACUAAAUUAAGUUAGCAACGUAAAAAUCAUGACACAUAUUGUGACAUCUACUUCUUUUUUAACAAAGGAAUUCUGAUGAGUUUUGCACUAGAGGCUGAUGCACUGGACCUUAAGGAUCCCAGAGCAGUUUGUUGAAGUUCCUUUUUUUAAAUUUUGUACAUCUUAUGGUCCUUGCAUUCUUGUUGUUUCUAGUAUUAGAAAGUAGUAGUUGUGUUAAAUUUUCAAUAGAAUGUCUCUUUGUUUGUGUGUGUUCAUUUCAGUUGUCCCUAAACAUUGCUUAAGACAUCUACGAUGACUUUGUUUUUUUUGGCUUUCAAAAGGAGAGCGGGGG